UCAUCUAAGGCACGAGGAAUGCGAGAUCACUGACUGUAACGGCCACGGACACUGCGUGGAAGGACUCUGUCACUGCAUUAAAGGAUUUACCGGCGAAUUCUGCGAGAAAACCGAUUGCAUUGAUCCCACUUGUUCGAAUCAUGGGUUCUGUGUGGAAGGAGAAUGUGUGUGCAAGAAAGGCUGGAAAGGCGACUCCUGCCACCAAAUGGAUGAGGAAGCAAGACAAUGUCUUCCAAAUUGUAAUGGUCACGGACGAUUUGAUCUGGAAUCUCAAGUGUGCCACUGCUCACCAGGAUGGACGGGACAAAGUUGUGCCAAGCAAGUCUGCAAUUUAGAUUGUGGCGAACAUGGAAGUUGCGAAGACGACGCCUGCGUUUGUCGAGAUGGUUGGGGAGGACCACGUUGUGAGGAAAAAACUUGCGACCCACGAUGUUCCAUGCACGGUCAAUGUAAGAAUGGAACGUGUCUUUGCGUGGCCGGAUGGAACGGGGUUCAUUGUACUUUGGAGGGCUGCCCCCGGCAAUGCUCCGAUCACGGCAACUGUAAGACCAACUUUAACAGCGACUGGUACUGUCAAUGCCAAGAUGGCUGGGAAGGUGAUGGCUGUGAGGUCGAGUUGGAACGUGAUUGCAACAACGCUAUUGAUGAUGAUCAAGAUGGACUGACCGACUGCGAAGAUCCGGAAUGCUGCGCCAGCACAUCCUGUCAAGACAGCGAGCUGUGUGCCACUGUUCCACGUCCAAUUGAGAUUUUACUGCAACGACAACCGCCAGCUGCCACGGCCUCAUUCUUCCAGAAAAUGAGAUUCAUCAUCGAGGAAGGAUCUCUUCAACGAUACGCCAAAAACACCGCAUUCAACGAAAGUAUUUUUUGGAACUACUUUAACCAAAGCCGCGUGGCCGUCAUUCGAGGUCGCGUGAUGACCUCGUCUGGUCGAGGUCUAGCUGGGGUGAGGAUCAGCCAUGAAAACCAACUCAUCGAAGGCUAUACCAUGACCCAGGAGGAUGGUUGGUUCGAUUUCAUGGUUAAUGGGGGAGGGGCGGCCACCCUUCGAUUUGGAAAGAAUCCCUUUCCACCCACGAGUAGAUCAUUCUUCGUGCCGUGGAACGAGGUGAUUGUGAUUGAUCCAGUGGUGAUGUUCAUGAGGACGAAAGAAAACGACGAGACCAGAGGGUCAUUUCAGUCCCUCGCCCAGUCGUUUCCAAUCUGCAAAAGCCACAAUUACGAAGUGAUUCGACCCGUUAUCUUGGCCUCGUGGCGACUUUCCCAAUACACGCAAGCCAAAUUGGACCAGUCUGAGGUUUUGGCCGAAUCUCGAGUGUUGCAAGAAGUGGUGGAGGUGCCCAAUACUCAAUUGAAAUUGGUCUACAGCUCGGCCAAAGCGGAGGGGUUCAGCUCGACCAUCGAGCUGCGCUUGACACCGUCCACCAUCCCAGACUCACUCAAGCUCAUCCAUCUCCGUAUAACCAUUGAAGGGGAACUUUUUGAGAAGACUUUCGAGGCAGACCCCAACUUGAAGUACACAUACGCCUGGCGACGUUUGAACGUGUAUAGACAGAGAGUUUAUGGCGUCACCACAGCUGUGGUAAAAGUAGGAUAUUCGUAUUCCGAUUGCCCACACACCAUUUGGGACGUACAGACCAAGAAGAUUUUGGGCCAAAACCUCAAAGUCAGCCAUAUUGGGGGAUGGGAUUUUCACAUCCACCAUCGCUACAACCAUCAAGAAGGGAUCUUAUAAAAGGGAGACGGGAGCACUGUGUUCCUCAAAGAGCGGCCUAAAUUGAUGACCAACUUAAUCGGAGACGGACAACCCAGGGAGUCGCUGUGCAAGGACUUGAAGGCUUGUCUGAAUGGCCCCUUGGAUAAGGCUCGUCUGUUGUCUCCCAUUGAUCUGGUGGCUGCGCCUGACGGCUCCGUGAUUGUGGGUGAUUACGAUUUGAUCCGACGGAUCCGACCCGAUGGGACGGUCUCGACCGUACUGAAAUUUCCCUCCUCCGACAUGGCCUAUCGAUACAACAUUGCCAUUCAUCCCAGUGAUGGCUCGGUCCUCAUAUCAGAUCCAGAGACGCACAGAAUCAUGAAGAUCAUCGACCUGGAUCAGCCUCAGGACGUAACAAAGAAUUGGGAGCCAAUGGUCGGAAGUGGUAUUCGGUGUCUGCCCGGCGAUGAGGAUGAGUGUGGGGAUGGGGGCCUAGCCAAAGAGGCGAGACUCAUCUAUCCGAAAGGACUGGCUGUCAAUGCUCAAUCAGAGCUUUUCUUCGCCGACGGCACCAAAAUCCGAAAGGUCGACGUGGAUGGCAUCAUCACCACGGUUUUGGGUUCCAACCCACUAGAAAAUACUUGGCGACCCCAAUCCUGUUCGGGCUUCGUGUCUGCCCAUGAAGUUCAGCUUCGGUGGCCAACCAAGUUGGCGAUCAAUCCUUUGGAUAAUGCGGUGCACUUUAUUGAUGACAACCUCAUUGUCAAACUGACCACCGAUGACCGAGUUCACAUCGUGGCCGGACGGCCUCUCCAUUGCUCGCGAUUGGAUCAAGAAGGCCACUACUUGAAUUUUGCGUCCCAAACCACGCUCGUCUCACCCAGUUCGCUCUCAUUUGCGCCCUCUGGGGAGCUCUUCAUCGCCGAGAGUGAUGCCCGCCGGAUUAACCGAGUCUCAGUUGUGAAUACUAAUGCCAGGAUCUCCAUUUACGCCGGACGGGAUUCGAAGUGUAACUGCCAAGAGAGUGAUUGCACUUGUUUGGAUGACUCCAAUCUUUUGGCACUUGAAGCGGUGUUUGGAAGCGUGAGUGCCAUUGCCGUCGGUCCCGAUGGGCAGUUGUUUAUCAGCGACCAAGCCAAUCGACGCAUUCAAGCCAUCAAGACGUCCAUUCCGUCGCUCUCCGAACAACAUGAAUACCACGUCUACUCGCCAGAGGAUCGGGAGAUCUACAUCUUCAAUCGAUUUGGCCUUCAUUUGGAAACCCGUGAGAUCGGCUCCAACAAGGUCUACUACCAGUUCUUGAAUUCCGUGUCCACUAGCAAUGGAAAACUGAUCGGGAUCUCAGAUUCGACCGGGGGGAAAAUCAAAAUCAUCCGCGACUAUUCCGGUCAAGUGAGUGCCAUCGAGAAUUCCUUACAGCAGCGUUUUGAGCUGGCCCUUGAUAUGAGGAAAAGGAUGCUGACUCAACUCAAAUCAGCCGAUAACUGGACCACUGCUCUAUAUUCAUACCACCGUUCCACGGAACUGAUCCAAGCCCGGAUUGCAGGCAAUGGAGAGUACCAUGCCUUUUAUUACGAUAGAAAUGGGCGCCUCGAAGAGGUGAUCACUCCAACCGGCGAUAAGAUAUCACUGGUCUCGGAUUUGGAGGUGGAAGGCGCCAAAGUUAAUAUCACAAAAAAUGCUCGGAAUGUCUUUUCCUUGCUCAUUCAUCCCGGAGUCAUUCAGGUUCGAAAUGGACAGGCAUUCAGAGUGGCACGCAUGAGAUCGGACAGAAGUUUCAUUGUGAAUUCAGAGAGUAGCUCUCGCUAUUCCUUGCGAACCAUGCCAUUUCAUCUUCUUGACGGAGAGUUCGGCUUGGCAGAGAGCUUUCCCGUGCCUUCAGGAGAGAAAACCGAUAUUGGCAGGGACACGGUAAACUCAUUGGAGUGGCAAUACACCGUGUCCACUCAGGACAAGUACCAAAUUGAAAAGAAGUUAAAGAUCAAUGGAAAACCACUUUUCUCUAUUGCCAUUCAUCCCGAUAGUGCGAGCGAGUUGAUCCGCCUCGAGGACGCUCACGCCAUCCUCAACAUCUCGGGUGGACCACAAUCCAGACGGAUCAGUAUGCAACCGAGUGGCCUAUUUUCACCCGUCCUCUUGGACCGGAAUCAGUUCGGCCAGCCAUUGUCCUGGCGGUGGGGAGAGCUCGUCCAAGAAGCCGAGUAUGACCGACUGAGUCGCGUACACAAAGUUUUGAAAGCCAAGCAGAUGGCCUAUGAAUAUGAAUACUUGAGGCCCCAUGGCAGACUGCCAAGUAAGGUGACAGUUGGCACUGGCGGAGAAUACCAUAUGAAACGCACUGAUGGACAUGAUCUACUAAAGGCUGUCGUCACUCCCUUGGGCCACAUCUACGGCUUUAACGCUCGAAUGGGCUUUGGGCAAAAGAUCUUCGAAUUUCAUGCCCCUUGGGCAAAUUUGCCCGCGGAAUUAUUCUUCAACACUCAGGGCGAUUUGGUUGCCAAAAGUUGUCCCAAUGGGUUUGGCAAGAUCAUCUACCAUUAUGAAGAGCAAGAUUCGAGUCGACUCAAAAUGAUCUUAGCCGGUGCCUUGGCCAUCAGCUACCAUUAUUAUCCCACCACAGGCUUACUCAAGGGAGCCGAAUUGACGGACGUUUCCACCGUUUCCGUGUUCAAAGCCGAGUGGUACUAUCAUGUGAGCUUGCUGAAAGAAUACCACCAGAUUCACCGAGUGCAAGACCAUGCCAUACUAAGCGAUAUCUUUGUACGAUACCAGUACGAUGGCAGCGCUCGAGUGUCUGGCAUUGAUGUAGUCAUUAACAAAGAGACGCUCAAAACGAUCGCCAUUAAGUAUAACGAUCCUUUGGGACAACUGGAGGCCACCCAGGAUCUCAGAUUCCAAAGACAAUCCCUUCGAAAGACUAUUAUUGAAACCUACAACAAAGACUUUGUACUCACGAAAGACUUGGACACACAUGGCCGGGUGGAGAAGGUCGCCAUCUACUUUAAAGGCUCGCAGAAGUUCGAGCUUCAACUUGGCUAUGAUGAUCGAGGCCGACUGAGCAGCCGCCAUUCCUCGCUUCAAGAUGGAAAGGACGCCAAAUUGGCCUUCGCCUACAAUCUGAAUGAUCAAUUAGAGUCCCAGAAGAGCAAGGAUGCCGAGAACUUUGCUUACUCGUACGAUGCCAAUGGCAACAUUGUCAUGAUCGAGCGUCCCGGAGUGGGACCGAGCUCUGUUCUGGGAUAUGACAAGUCCGAUCGACUUGUCAGGGUUGACAAUCUACCUUUCGUAUCUUAUGAUGAUUGCGGGUUUGCAUGGAGACGGGGAGAUCAACGAUACGAGCAUAACGUCCUCGGCCAAAUGGUUACCGCGGUAGGGAUGGGCAAGUUCAAGAUUCACUUCUACUACGAUGACCGAGGACGGCUCAUCGCCAAGAGUGACCAAGUGGGCAACGUGGUACAAUACCUCUAUACCAAUCUCUAUCAACCGUGGCAAGUGAGCCAUGUUCAUUUCCCCAAGGCCGGGCGGACAUAUCACUUCAUUUACGACGAUUCUCAACACAUAAUGGCAAUGGACACCAGCAACGGCGAAAGAUACUACUUCGCCACUGAUCAAGUGGGCUCGCCACUCGCUGUAUUCUCGGCCAAUGGAGACCUGAUCAAAGAGAUCUCUUACACACCUUUUGGUCAGGUGGUGUCGGAUUCCAAUCCCUCUUUUGCUUUGCCUCUGGGCUUCAGAGGAGGCCUGAUAGAUCAGUACACUAAUUUGGUCCAUCUCAGGAACCGAGUGUAUGACCCCUACAUGGGCAUUUGGCUCACGCCUGAAUGGGAUCAUCUGGCCCAAGGCAUCAAAAGUCCUUUCGAUAUUUAUACCUAUCGCUUUUUUAACAACGAUCCCAUUAACGAGAAAACUGACGGAGGCGCUCAAUCACAAAUGACAGAAUUGAGUGAUUGGCUGGCGCUAUUUGGAAUGGAUAUCAAGAAGAACUCGGGGAUGGUUCUCUCCAAUCCCAUAGACGAUAAAGCUGGUGCACCGGAAUUCAAGAGCUUCCAAAGUUUGGACGUAACACUCGGACUGGAACGAAAGAUAAAAAACUCGAUGGACUUUCUUCACUCACCCGGCCUGCUCAAGACUGUUUCCUUGACCUCCUGCAAUGAUUUUUUGACUCCAGAUCUCGGGGGUCAAACUGCAGUGGAAGCCAGUCCAUUUGGAAAAGGGAUCCUCAUCAGCGACAUCAACGGCAAAGCCUUGGUUACUCUCAUCCCCGGGGUGGAAGGGGACGUGGCUCAAAGUGUGUUUGCCUCGGUUCUCAAUGCUUCGUCCGUUCACGAUGCUAGCCACAGCGGAAACCAAGAGUUCUUCUUCCUGAAGGACGAUGAAAACUCGUUCGCCUCCGACCUACAGGAGCUCGACCGCUUGUCUGGCCUCUUCAACAUCACCAAGGAUGCCAUAAGGCCUCGAGGCCGACAGUUAUGUGCUGAAUCAAUCCGCUCGCCAUCGGUAAAGAUCUGUUUAAUCUAUGACACGGAAAGACGAUUUGCCAACCGACACAUUUACCGAGCGUCUCAUAAACAAGCCGUCCGUCGAGCUUGGCUCCGGGAAUUCGAGGCUGUUCAAAUGGGCCAUAUUGGGGAGUGGACCCAAAGUGAGAGAGACGAGCUUUUGUCCACGGGCGAAGUGAAAGGCUUCCAAGGCCUAGAAGUGCACAGUGUUCACCGGUUCCCUCAGCUUUUGGGAGAGAGUUCCAAUAUAAUCCUGAUCCGCGAUUCGGAUCGACGCCGAAGCAAAGGCGUUUAAACCUGGAGAGAUCCUAGAGAUGCCUCGCCAAUUCACAUCAUUGAUCUCAAGAUUGAAUUUUGUUACGUAUUGGUAUUUAGUACUGGUUCCUACUCACUGUUGUUCCAUGAAAUGGCUUGGCGUUAGUGUUGUUCCGCGUAGAAUGUUGGGCUGUAUGUAAAGAUUAGAAUGUCUUUGUAGAAAUGGCAAUACUUUGUGGGAGUGGGGUGGAACUGUUCUGGUCAUCCUCCCGUGGCACCACUCCGUGAUACCAUCUCAUCAUCUCUUAUCUACCAAACAGGGCUGUGAAUUUUCGUCUUACAAUUAUUACACUACCAGGACUCCUACUAUUAUCAUUAUCAUUCUUAUCUUUAUCAUCAUAAUGUUCGUUAUCUCAUGUGGCCCGUUUCAUCCUUGUUCCUGUGUAUGACUCUCUCUUCGUCGAUUGUACCGAUAAAAAGGGGCCUGGGAACACGAGGAUGGGCCGCUCCACUCAUUUGCUUUAAGAGGCUGUGAUCAAUCUAAUUAUCAAUAAUAAAGCUUCGUUUAACAACAACGG